AUGGCUCCCACCGUCAACGGUGUCAAUGGGGUCAACGGUACUCCCCGCAAGUCCUCGCUGAAUGGAUCAACCAGCGCGUGGCAGGCGAAGCACAGCCUUGCAUCACAUUUCAUUGGAGGGAACAGACUAGAAAAAGCUCCUCCGAGCAAAGUCAAGGACUUUGUUCAAGCACACGAUGGUCAUUCCGUCAUUACUUCGGUGCUCAUUGCCAACAACGGUAUUGCAGCAGUCAAAGAGAUUCGUUCGGUGCGGAAAUGGGCCUACGAGACGUUUGGCGACGAGCGCGCCAUUCAGUUUACGGUGAUGGCUACCCCAGAAGAUUUGCAGGCAAACGCAGACUAUAUCCGCAUGGCCGAUCAAUACGUGGAGGUACCCGGAGGCACGAAUAACAACAACUAUGCCAACGUCGAGCUGAUUGUUGAUGUGGCUGAAAGAAUGAACGUACAUGCCGUUUGGGCUGGUUGGGGCCACGCUUCCGAGAAUCCUAAACUGCCAGAAUCUUUAGCCUCCUCCUCAAAGAAAAUCAUUUUCAUCGGACCGCCGGGAUCUGCAAUGCGGUCUUUGGGUGACAAGAUUUCCUCUACGAUCGUUGCACAGCACGCGAAAGUGCCCUGCAUUCCCUGGUCCGGAGAAGGCGUGGAUGAUGUCGAGGUUGACAGUGACGGAAUUGUGACUGUCCGCGAUGAAAUCUAUGCAAAGGGCUGCGUAAAUUCUCCCCAAGAAGGUCUGGAAGCUGCAAAAAAGAUUGGUUUCCCCGUCAUGGUAAAGGCUUCCGAAGGUGGAGGCGGUAAAGGUAUUCGAAAAGUCGAAAACGAAGACGAGUUCGAGAGCCUAUACAAUGCCGCAGCUAGUGAGAUCCCAGGAUCUCCGAUCUUCAUCAUGAAGCUUGCAGGCAACGCCCGACAUUUGGAGGUGCAGCUGCUGGCUGAUCAGUACGGAAACAACAUCUCUCUCUUUGGCAGAGAUUGUUCCGUGCAGCGAAGACAUCAAAAAAUUAUCGAGGAGGCUCCAGUCACAAUCGCAAAACCGGAGACAUUCCACCACAUGGAGGAUGCUGCAGUUCGUCUGGGUGAACUCGUCGGAUACGUCUCCGCUGGUACCGUGGAGUACCUGUACUCUCACUCAGACGACAAGUUCUACUUCUUGGAGCUGAACCCUCGUCUUCAAGUCGAACAUCCAACCACCGAGAUGGUCAGCGGUGUCAAUCUGCCCGCAGCCCAGCUCCAGGUUGCCAUGGGUAUCCCUCUCCACCGCAUCCGUGACAUUCGUUUGUUGUACGGGGUGGACCCACACACAGCGGGGGAGAUCGACUUUCAUUUCAAGGACCCAGCUAGCUCGAAGACUCAGCGACGUCCUCGUCCGAGAGGCCACACCACUGCUUGCCGUAUCACUUCCGAAGAUCCUGGUGAGGGCUUCAAACCUUCGAGCGGUACUAUGCACGACCUCAACUUCCGUUCGAGUUCGAAUGUCUGGGGUUAUUUCUCCGUCUCUUCAGCCUCGAGUAUCCACAGUUUCUCUGACAGUCAAUUUGGUCACAUUUUCGCCUAUGGUGAAAACCGUCAGGCUUCCCGAAAGCACAUGGUUGUGGCAUUGAAAGAGCUGAGUAUUCGUGGUGACUUUAGAACCACCAUCGAAUACCUUAUCAAGCUGUUGGAAACUCCGGCUUUCGAAGAUAACACCAUCACCACAGGCUGGCUUGAUCAAUUGAUCUCCAAUAAAUUGACCGCUGAGCGUCCAGAUCCCAUGCUGGCUGUGCUGGCUGGUGCUCUCACUAAGGCCCAUCUUGCGAGCGAAGCUUGCGUUGCUGAAUAUCGCAAGGGCUUAGAAAAAGGUCAAGUACCAUCCAAAGACAUACUCAGGACAGUAUUCCCUGUUGAGUUCAUAUACGAGGGUCAGCGAUACAAAUUCACCGCGACGAGAUCCAGUCUCGACAGCUAUCACAUCUUCAUCAAUGGAUCAAAAUGCUCCGUUGGUGUCCGAACUCUUGCCGACGGCGGUCUGUUGAUGUUGGUCGCUGGAAGAUCUCACAGCAUCUACUGGAAGGAAGAGGCCACCGCGAUUCGUAUCAGCGUCGACAGCAAGACCUGCCUUCUUGAGCAAGAGAAUGACCCUACCCAGCUCCGGACGCCUUCGCCUGGUAAGCUUGUCAAGUACACCGUCGAGAAUGGCGAGCACGUCAAGGCUGGCCAAGCAUUUGCUGAAGUUGAGGUUAUGAAAAUGUAUAUGCCUCUGAUCGCUCAGGAGGAUGGUAUCAUCCAAUUCCUCAAACAACCAGGUGCCACGCUCGAGGCCGGAGACAUUCUCGGCAUACUAGCGCUGGAUGACCCGUCCAGAGUCAAAACAGCUGAGACCUUUACUGGAAAGCUUCCUGAUCUCGGACCGCCUCAAGUAGUCGGAAACAAGCCACCUCAAAAGUUCGCCCUCCUUCACAGCAUCCUUCAAAAUAUCCUGCUUGGUUUCGACAACCAGGUCAUCAUGGCAUCUACUCUAAAGGAUCUGAUGUCUGUCCUGAGAGAUCCUGAAUUGCCAUAUGGUGAAUGGGCGGCCAGAUCCUCAGCACUGCAUUCUCGAACUCCACAAAAGCUGGACGCUCAGCUCACACAGAUUGUGGACCGUACACACACCAGACACGCUGAAUUCCCUGCCAAGCAGCUUCAGAAAGCCAUCAAUCGUUUCAUCGAAGAGAACAUGUCAAAGAACGACGGUGUGACGCUCCACACCACUUUGGCACCUCUUGAAGAGGUCCUCGCUAAGUAUGGCGAGGGCCUGAAGGUACAUGAAUUCUCCGUUUUCACAGGCUUGCUCGAUCAGUAUUAUCAAGUAGAGAGACUGUUCGCAUCAGGGUCUCACAGAGACGAGGAUGUCAUUCUGAAGCUACGAGAAGAACACAAAGACGAUAUUCUCUCGGUGGUCUAUACCGUCCUCUCUCACACCCGUGUAUCGGCCAAGAACAAUCUCGUUGUCGCCAUCCUCGAUAUGUACCGACCUAACCAGCCAAAUGUUGGCAAUGUCAACAAAUACUUCAAGGCUUCUCUACGCCGCCUGACAGAGUUGGAGUCUCGCGCAACCGCAAAAGUGACUUUGAAGGCUCGUGAAUUGCUGAUUCAGUGUGCCUUACCCUCUCUCGAGGAAAGAGUAUCACAGAUGGAGCACAUCUUGAAAUCUGCGGUCGUGGAAUCGAAAUAUGGAGAGACAGGGUGGGAACAUCGCGAGCCAGAUCUGGAGGUCUUGAAGGAGGUGGUUGACUCCCGCUACACGGUCUUCGAUGUCCUCCCACUCUUCUUCGCUCAUCACGAUCCUUGGGUUGGUCUUGCCGCUCUCGAAGUCUACAUUCGACGCGCAUACCGUGCCUAUACUGUCCGCGAAGUCGAAUAUUACAACGACGUAGAUCCACCAUACUUCCUGUCUUGGGACUUCCUACUCCGAAGGGUUGGACAGUCGGAAUUCGGCCUGCCUUUGGCCUCCUCCUAUCCAUCUGGAUCAGCGACACCAUCACAACAGAGCAAUGCAUUCAAGCGCAUCUCAUCAGUGAGCGAUUUAUCAUACCUCAACCAACUGCAAGGUGAGGACGAGCCAACCCGAAAAGGUGUCAUUGCACCGUGUCAUUAUCUGGACGAGGUGGAUGAUUGCCUUGGCCGCGCUCUGGAAGCCUUUCCCAAGGGCACAAAGGACAAACGCCCCAGCCAAACACACCUCAUGGCCACACUCGAUGGCGCUCGAAGACCGCAACAAAAGUCUGAGAUCAACGGCGAUGACUUGACGAACGUCUGCAACAUUGCCAUUCGCGAUGUUGAAGACAUUUCCGACGAGGAGGCUUUAGGCCGAUUCCAGAGCUUCGUUGCUGACUACAAGUCAGAGCUUAUUGCCCGCAAUGUUCGUCGCAUCACGUUCAUCUGUGGUCACACCGACGGAUCAUAUCCUGGUUAUUUCACUUUCCGUGGACCCGAAUUCGAGGAAGAUCUUACUAUUCGUAACACCGAGCCUGCUCUUGCUUUCCAACUCGAACUUGGGAGGUUGUCGAGAUUCAAGAUCAAGCCUGUUUUCACCCAGAAUAGAAACAUUCACAUCUACGAGGCCAUUGGAAAGGGCGAGGACAGAGACAAGGUGGUCGACAAGCGCUACUUCACUCGUGCGGUAGUUCGGCCAGGUCGCGUCAAGGAUGAGAUUCCCACGGCGGAAUACCUGAUCUCGGAGACAGAUCGUCUGGUCAAUGACAUCUGUGACGCUCUUGAGGUCAUCGGCAACAACAACUCCGACUUGAAUCACAUCUUCAUCAAUUUCACCCCUAUCUUCAACCUGCAACCCCAGGAUGUUGAGGAGACGAUUGCUGGCUUCUUGGAGCGAUCCGCUCGGAGGUUCCUCCGCCUGCGUAUCACGCAAGCAGAGGUCAGAAUCAUGUGCACAGACCCAGAUAGUGGACUGCCUUAUCCGCUCCGCGUAUUCAUCACCAACACUUCGGGAUACGUGGUUCAGGUGGAAAGCUAUGUCGAGACUAAGUCGCGCUCAGGCGACUGGGUUUUCGAGAGCAUGGGUACCUCGACAAAGGUCGGCGCCAUGCACCUGCGACCCGUGUCUACUCCUUAUCCAACCAAGGAGUGGUUGCAGCCCAAGCGUUACAAGGCUCAUCUUAUGGGCACGCAGUAUGUCUACGACUUCCCCGAACUAUUCAGACAAGCCAUUGCGAAUAGCUGGACCAAAGCGAUUGCAAGACAUCCGCCCAUAGCCGAAUCGAGACCCGAGGUUGGCAACUGCCUGGACUACAGCGAAUUGAUCCUUGACGAUUCUGACAACCUUGCUGAAGUGUCACGUGAAGCUGGCACUAACAACUGUGGUAUGGUCGGCUGGAUCUUGACGGCCAGGACGCCCGAAUAUCCCCGGGGCAGAAGAUUUGUGAUCAUUGCCAAUGAUAUCACCUAUCAAAUUGGUUCUUUUGGACCUCUCGAGGACAGAUUUUUCAACAAAUGCACUGAGUACGCCCGCAAACAUGGCAUUCCUCGCAUCUACCUCUCUGCAAACUCCGGCGCCCGCAUCGGUAUGGCCGAUGAGCUCAUUCCUCACUUCUCGGUGGCCUGGAACGACGAGACCAAGCCUGAAUCUGGCUUCAAGUAUCUCUAUCUGACACCCGAGAAGAGAGAGCAGUUGAGCAAGAAGGAAGUCCUGACAGAAGAGAUCCGCGAGGAUGGUGAGGUAAGACACAAGAUCACCACUAUCGUUGGUGCCAAGGAUGGCUUGGGGGUGGAGUGCUUGCGAGGCUCUGGUCUCAUCGCUGGUGCCACUUCCAAGGCAUACGAGGACAUCUUCACCAUUACUCUCGUUACUUGCCGAUCGGUGGGUAUCGGUGCUUACCUCGUGCGUCUCGGCCAGCGUGCCAUUCAAAUUGAGGGUCAACCAAUUAUCCUUACUGGUGCUCCUGCUCUCAACAAAGUGCUGGGCAAGGAAGUCUACACCUCAAACCUGCAACUUGGUGGUACGCAAAUCAUGUAUAAGAACGGUGUCUCUCACAUGACUGCUGGCGACGACUUCCAGGGUGUUGAGAAGAUUGUGGAUUGGAUGUCAUUCAUCCCUGACAAGAAGGGUCAACCUGUCCCGGUCAGCCCCUCUGCUGACCCAUGGGACCGUGAUAUCACCUUCUAUCCGCCUCAAAGACAGCCAUACGACGUCAGACAUAUGAUUGCUGGUAAACAAGAUGACGAGGGUUUCUUGUCGGGUCUCUUCGACAAGGACUCCUUCCAGGAAUCUCUAGGCGGAUGGGCCAGAACCGUCGUCGUUGGCCGCGCUCGCUUGGGUGGCAUUCCAAUGGGUGUCAUUGCCGUCGAAAGCCGCACUGUUGAGAAUGUCACUCCUGCAGACCCUGCCAAUGCAGACUCGAUGGAACAAGUGGUGCAGGAAGCCGGUGGUGUCUGGUUCCCCAACUCUGCUUACAAGACCGCACAAGCUCUCAAGGACUUCAAUUAUGGUGAGCAACUUCCAGUCAUGAUCCUCGCCAACUGGCGUGGUUUCUCUGGUGGCCAGCGAGAUAUGUACAACGAGGUGCUCAAAUAUGGCUCCUACAUUGUCGACAGCCUGGUCAAGUACGAGCAACCUGUCUUUGUCUACAUUCCCCCAUUCGGUGAACUCCGUGGUGGUUCAUGGGUCGUUGUUGAUCCUACGAUCAAUCCUGAGCAGAUGGAGAUGUAUGCUGAUGAGGAGUCUCGUGGUGGUGUCUUGGAGCCCGAAGGUAUCGUGGGCAUCAAGUACCGCCGUGAAAAGCAACUCGAAACUAUGGCUCGUCUCGACCCUACCUACGGCCAGCUCAAGGCACAGCUCUCUGCUAAGGAUCUGGCGCCCGAGCAACUGAACGACAUCAAGGUCAAGAUGACUGAGCGUGAACAACUACUCGGACCGAUCUACCAGCAAAUUGCCCUGCAGUUCGCCGAUCUUCACGACCGAGCUGGUCGCAUGGAAGCCAAGGGUACGAUCCGCAUGGCAUUGAAGUGGCAGAACGCCAGACGAUUCUUCUACUGGCGCCUCAGGAGAAGGUUGUCUGAGGAGGUCCUGCUGAAGAAGAUGAACUCGUCAUUGGCAGUCGGUAGCGCUCCGCCAAACGGCAGUGCUCUGACCCAGAAGGAGACCAAUAUUGCUAUGCUCAAGAUCUGGUCUGGCUUGCUGGAUGUUGAGUUCGACAAGGACGACCGCAAGGUUGCCGAGUGGUACGAGAGCCACCGCAAGGAGGUGUACGCCAAGAUUGACGCUGUCAAAAGUGAGGCGGUGAGCAAGAAGGUUUCGGAAUUGUUGAUCGGCAACAAGGAAGGUGGUUUGAAGGGAGUUCGGGAGGUAUUGAGCCUGAUCCCGACCAGCGAGAGAGAGCAGCUGGUCAAGUACUUGACUGGUGCUUGA